AUGGAGUGCAGUGUGUUUUUGAUCACUUUUUACGAAGGCAAAUGCUUCACGGGCAGAAAGCUGGAGGUCUGCGGCAGCUGCAGCAGCUUCCAGGACCGAGGUUUCCUCAAUCGGGUCAACUCCAUCUGCGUCCAGAGCGGGGCUUGGGUCUGCUUCGAUCACCCCCACUUCCGAGGGCAGCAGUACGUCCUGGAGCACGGCGAGUACCCCGAUUUCUAUCGCUGGAACGGCCGCAGCGACCACCUGGGCUCCUGCCGGCCCGUCGGGAUGCACGGCGAGCAUUACAGGAUCGAAAUAUUUGAGGGGAGCCAUUUUAGUGGUCCCAGCCUGGAGCUGACAGAAGAUUGCUCCUUCCUGCAGGGACAAGGCUGGGACAAGUCCUGCAUCAACGCCCUCAAAGUGUACGGCGACGGCGCGUGGGUGCUGUACGAGGAGCCCAACUACCAAGGCCGUAUGUACGUGGUGGAGCGGGGCGAGUUCAGCAGCUUCAAUGAGUGGCAGGCGCGCAACGCAAGCGUCCAGUCCAUCAGAAGAGUUGUCAACUACUUCUAG